AUGACGAGAAGUAUCAGCCACCAUGCAUCAGUGGCCUCUUUGGCUUCGCCAUCGCCGAAUCCCGACAAGGUGGCCGAUCUUAAGCUGGUGCUAUUAGGAGAAUCUGCUGUUGGAAAGAGCUCUUUGGUCCAGCGGUUUGCGACCGAUUCUUUCGAUGCAGCCAAAGAGUCUACCAUUGGAGCUGCGUUCGUGACCAAGAAAGUGUACAUCGAAGAUUCCGAGGCACCGGAAAUCAUUAGAUUGGUCAAUUUUCAGAUAUGGGACACUGCGGGUCAGGAAAGGUAUAAAUCGUUGACCCCAAUGUAUUAUCGCAACGCCAAUGUUGCCGUGGUGGUGUUUGAUAUUACAGAUGCGGGAAGCUUUGACCGUGCGGCACAUUGGAUUAAUGAGCUCAAACUGUACAUCCGUGACCAUGGACUUGAGGACGAGAAUGGCAAACAUCAGGGACUUCAGAUAGUGCUAGUAGGAAACAAAAAAGACCUCCUGGUGACAGAGGAGGGACCUGCCAAGCCAUCGCCAUUCGCACCGAAGAUCCUCGAAUUUCUGGAAACCACGCGGUACCAGUACUUUGAAGUGAGUGCCAAGACGGGCGAAGGAAUUUCUGGGAUCUUCCAACAGAUUGUCAACGCAAUCCCGGAGACGCAAUACGUCGAUGUGCUUGACGAGGAUGGCGAUCUACUGGAUGGACAGAACACCCGAAAGAGGGGCAUAAUAGACCUGCGACUUGGGUUUUCUGGAGACAACUCUAACGAUACGUGCUCAUGCUGA